CAUCAUUCCACAGAAGACGAAAAAGCAUAAAGUGCACUGAAGACGGCAGUGGAGCGAGCACACAGGUGCAAGCCGGGAAUGGGUCAGGACCAGGGGGAGUUUUCACUCAAGAUUGUCGAAAGAAUCUUGCGCAUCGGAAUAUGCUCUUUUCGAGCUUUUGCUCAUUGCAUUCCAGGUUGAAUGCAAAUACCGUCAUGUUUAUCAGAACAACGUGUCUCCUCCACGUCCUGGUGUCGCUAUCCAAACUGGUUCGCUGCAUGGAAAGUGAACUUUGCUUCCCUGUCUUACUGGACACGCAACAGCAGUAUAAUGACAACGACGUGGAGACUCUCCACGGUAAAUGUGUGCUAAGAAUUCAAGCUUUCCACCAGGAAUUAGUGGUGGAUUUACGACAAGAUUCCGACUUCGUUGGCCCGUACGUUUCCGGCCAAGACGCACCGUGGCUCUCCGGCGCAGACGUCACCAUUGACCUCAAUCGGUGUUUUUAUUCAGGCCACGUAAACGGUGACCGCUCUUCGUACGCAGCAUUGAGCCUGUGUAAAGGUGUGCAAGGUGCAUUCGGUUACCAAGGCUGGGAGUAUUUCAUCAGCCCGGUGCGCAACAACACCACAAGUGCGGGCAGCGCGCACGUCAUCCGGCGCAGAACCAGUAGCAACCUAAAGCCAAAUUCAACCUCCAGGUGCGCAGUGAACAAUGACUUAAGCCAUCACCUCGCGCAGAUGUUGGAGAAAUACAAAAGCCUUCAACAUGACAGCAAUGUGAGCAAAACCCCACUCAGACCAAUUGUGAGAAGCAAACGUUUCGCGUCGGUCCCCAGGUACGUGGAGACGCUGGUAGUAGCGGACCAGACCAUGGCUGAGUUCCAUGGCAACAAUCUUAAACAUUACAUCUUGACGCUUAUGUCAGUGGCAGCAAGACUUUACAAGCACCCGAGCAUCCUCAACUCCAUUAACAUCGUUGUUGUGAAGAUUGUGGUUCUAUCCGAGGCGGACAAAGGACCCAAGGUAUCUGGAAAUGCAGCCCUGACCCUCCGGAAUUUUUGCACUUGGCAAAAAAAGAUGAACAAGAACAGUGACAAGCAUGCAGACUAUUGGGACACCGCCAUCCUUUUCACCAGACAGGACCUGUGUGGAGCUUCCACAUGCGACACCCUCGGAAUGGCCGACGUGGGAACCAUGUGCGACCCCAAGAGAAGCUGCUCCGUGAUCGAAGACGACGGAUUGCCUUCGGCCUUCACCACAGCUCAUGAACUUGGACACGUCUUCAACAUGCCGCACGACAAUGUGAAGGCCUGUGAAGAUGCGUUUGGCAAGCUGCAAGACAAUCACAUGAUGUCUCCCACGCUUAUUCAGAUUAAUCGCACCAGCCCGUGGUCACCGUGCAGCGCUGCCAUCAUCACAGAGUUUCUGGACAGUGGACACGGGGAAUGUUUGCUGGACCAGCCUCAUAAACCAUUAGGCCUCCCAAAUGUACUUCCCGGAGUAUCCUACAACCUCGAGCGUCAGUGUGAGCUGGCCUUUGGCGAAGGUUCACAGCCCUGUCCCUUCAUGCAGCCGCCAUGCAUUCGCCUGUGGUGCACAGGAAAGUCCAACGGCCAUUUGGUGUGUAUGACUCGUCACUUCCCUUGGGCGGAUGGGACCCCUUGCGGCAGUGGCAAUUUUUGUGACCGAGGGAUCUGCUCUCCCAAGGAGGACCAAACUUUGAAAGUGGACGGUCGCUGGGGUAAGUGGGCUACGUUUGGUACAUGCUCACGGACAUGCGGAGGUGGCGUCCAACUGGCUAAAAGAGAAUGUAACAACCCGGUUCCUUCCAAUGGGGGGAAAUACUGCCAAGGAGUUCGGGUCAAAUACCGCUCCUGCAACCUAAACCGCUGCCCUGAUACAGGUAAAACUUACCGCGAAGAGCAGUGUGAAUCCAGCGGGCGGGGUUUCAGCAGCAACCAUAUCGCCCCCUCUGUUGUGUGGGUACCCAAGUACUCCGGAGUGAGUGUCGAUGACAGAUGUAAACUCAUCUGCAGAGCAAAUGGAACCGGCUAUUUCUACGUCAUGGCACCUAAGGUUGUGGACGGAACACCAUGCUCACCAGACUCAACAGGAGUGUGCGUUCAAGGAAAAUGCAUCAAGGCUGGCUGUGAUGGAAAAAUUGGAUCAACCAAGAAGUUUAACAAAUGCGGGGUCUGCGGAGGUGACAACAAAAGCUGUAAAAAGGUCUCAGGACUCUUUACCAAACCUCUGCAUGGCUACAACUUUGUUGUGAUGUUGCCAGUAGGCGCUACCAACGUAGACAUCCGUCAGCGCGGAUACCAAGGCAUGUUGGGUGACGACAACUACUUGGCGGUCAAGAACAGCAAUGGGCAGUACCUUCUUAACGGCGACUACGUGGUGUCCGCCGGGGAGAGAGACAUCAUCGUGAAGGGCAGUCUGCUGCGCUACAGCGGCACCACUGGCCUUUCAGAGACUCUACAGUCUGUAAAUCCCUUGGGGGAGAUGCUCACUGUGGAAGUGCUAUGUGCUGGCAAUUUGACGCCGCCUCGCAUACGGUACUCCUUCUACAUAGCUCGCAUGAACAACAAAGAGGACAAAACCGUAAAGGUGGAGGACCGUGAAAAAUCGCACAACAGUGUUCUUACUGAUGAUAACGUUAAGGAGACGCCAGUCGCAAACUUGAAGAAACCUUACAGCAAAGAGCAGCCUCUCCUCGAGAACUGGACAUCAGCGAGCUGGGACGAGUGCUCGGUGAGCUGCGGCAACGGUUUCCAACGGCGGAUGGUGCAAUGUUUGAAGACGGACGGAAAACCGGGAUUGAACUGCGAUCCUUCCAAAAGACCGCCAGCCACCAGAGCCUGCGGAGACCCUUGCCCGGGGUGGCACGCCGGAGAGUGGUCGUCUUGUUCCACAAGCUGCGGGAAAGGCUUUAAGAGACGACCGCUGCACUGUAAAGCCCAAACGGGACAUAUGCUUCCCAGGGACCACUGCAGUGGCUUACGCAAACCACAGGAGCUGGACUUCUGUAAACUAAAGCCUUGCUAAAGACUUGAAAACUUAUCCUCAUUGAACUUAAAGUUAAGAAUUUUUGACAUUAGGCUUAAUCUUCGGGUCAGCGCGGAUUUUAAUCAGUUGGUGGAGUUGAUUUAAACAAAUUCCGUGCAGUUUGUCAGUUAUUUGUUAGUUUCAGGGCUCCGGAGUGGCUAAGCUAGCGUAAGUCAAUGGUGCCUACUUAGCAUGCCAAUUAAAAAAAAUGAUAUUACCAGAUGUAACAAAUGUAAUAAAUUCAAAAUGCAAAUCAUUGUUCGAAACUCUCAUGCGGCCAAAACUAUGUCACGCCAAAGUGCCGUAAUUCAUUUCAUUCUAAAGAAGGGACUAUUUUUUUUUUUAGAUGAGUAAUGCGACCACAAUAGAGAGUGCCGUCUGGGAUGAAAAAAAAAAAACAAUGUGAUAUCACUCAAAUGUUGCUGUUCAUACUACAAUUAUUGACAUCCAAUGGUAAAUCCUAAUAACUUUAUCCUGAAAACAGAGCCAACACUAUUGAUUGCAUAGGUCAUCAGAGAUUCGAAUGCGUGCAUAUGUUGUUUUUGAUUGGUAUGCUAAGCAGUAGAGGUGUGCAUCGGCACUGCCCUCACGAUUCGAUUCGAUUACGAUUUGGAGGGCCACGAUUCGAUUCGAUUCGAUUCAGAGAGUCACGAUUCGAUUCGGUUCGAUUCGGCAAUGCAUCACGAUGCCUUAAAGCCUGGGAUGCAUUAAAAUUCUAAAGCAAAGCAUAUUUUUCGUGAAUCAUGAGGCAACACAAGCGGUCAGACAUUAAACAACUUUUUAUUGGCUCUUGUGUCACUCCUGGUUGAAGUCAAAUGAAAAUACUUUCAGAUGUAUAGAUUAUUAAAAAAAAAAAAAAAAACAGAUCACAGCAUUUAAUUGGUGCUUUGAAUGAGACCAGGGCUUUCUUUUUUUUUUUUUUUUUUACACACAUUAGCAGCCUUUCACACAGUGCAACAUCUGAACUCCUGUGCAAAAUCAGUAAUAACAAUCACUGUAUUUUAGUCAUAACGACCCAUCAACAAAAAUAUUCAAGUAAAUAUUAAAGAAAAGGACAAAGAAAAUAUUGUAGUGCAGCAGCAUCUUUAUCGCAAUAUCAAUCCAGGGAUCAGUUCAGUUGCAAACAAAACAUCAACUAAAUUGCAGUGUAGAACAAAAGUAAAAUGUAGGCAAAUGUAGACAAUAUUCUAAUUUCCUGAGACAGUCAGGAAAUUAGAAUAUUGUGUAUUCUAAUUUCCUGAGACAGUCCUGUAUAUAUACACAGGACUGUCUCAAAAAAUUAGAAUAUUGUGUAUUCUAAUUUCCUGAGACAGUCCAGUAUAUGUGCAAUCAACUUAGAAAUGCAAUCAGUAACUACCACAUAACAAUAAAAAAUAAUGAAUUAAACUGAAGUGCAGCAGCAUUUUAGCAGCCAUAACAAUCUGUUUCAACAUGAGGAAAUAUCAGUUUUUUGCAAUCGAGAGAGCAGAAAGAUAGUAGAGGUUAGAUCGGGCCUAAAAAAUCCAGCCUGACCCGACACGGCCCGCUGGUAUUGAAGCCUGACCCGGCUUGGAGUGACGCGAAAAAAAAAAUGCAGUAGCAGCAAUUUAUUUUCAUUUCUUCGAGUUGGCAGAAAAAAACGCAAGUUUUCUUAAAUAGUUUUCUUUAAAUAGUCUACAUAUUUUUAUAAUCAUUAUAAAAGCAUUUACACAACGAAAUAACGCUGGGAAAGUUUAAUAUAAAAAAAAAAAAAACAUGCGACUUUGCGGACACACAGAGAAGAUUCAAAAGGAUCACAUUUGUGUUGCCUUUGUGUGCAUAAAAAAAGUGUCUUUUGUAACGAAUUCUCAGUUGGCAGAAAAAAACCCCCAAGUUUUCUUAAUGUUUAAAUAGUCUACAUAUUUUUAUGAUCAUUAUAAAAGCAUUUACAAAACGAAAUAAUGCUGGGAAAGUUUAAUAUAAAAAAAAAAGAAAACAUGCGAUUUUGCAGACACACAGAGGAGAAGAUUCAAAAGGAUCACAUUUGUGUUGCCUUUGUGUGCAUAAAUAAAAGUGUCUUUCGUAACGAAUCGCAAGCGCCACAGUGGAGGAGAAGAAGAAGAAAAAGCGGGCGGCGCCACUGCGUUCAUGUGUGUGCACAAGCAAAUGCACAAUACAGAGAGCCUGCUCUCGGUUUUAUCCCAUUUUUUAAAAAAUAAUUUAUUAGUCCGGCGCGGCGGCCCGACCCGACCCGAACGUGAAUGACAUUUUGGGCCCGAUCCGACCCUUUCGGGUUCGCGCACCACCUCUAACCUCUAAGACAGGGGUUCCCAACCUAUUCCACUAAGGCACACUGUGGGUGCAGGAUUUCAUUCUUACCAAACAAGAUGACAACACUUUUUCCCCAAUCUGGUGUUUUACAAGUGCAAUCAGUUGAUUGCAGUCAGGUGUGGCUUGUUUUAGCAGAAGCCUCAUUGGUUCAACUGUCUCUGCUGGAUCGGCUGGAACAAAAACCAGGACCCACAGUGUGCCUUGAGGACUGGGUUGAAAACCCCUGCUCUAAGAGAUAGGACAUAACAUAACAAUGGCUGAAGCGAAGAAAGAGGGAGCGAGAAAGAUUAUUGAUGCACCUAAGACAUUGAAAGCAGACAUCUGGAGACAUUUUGGCUUCUACGAGGUUGGUGGGAAACUUGACCAGAGUUAUGCGGUGUGUAAAAAAUGAAACAUGAGAAUAAUACAAAUGGGGAAACCAAAUCCAUUGCAUCACCGGAAUUGCGCAGGGAAGAUUUUUGAACGUACUUAUAUAUUUUAAAAUGCGCUGAAUCGAUUUGGCUUGUUGCCCGCAUCGAAUCGAAUCGUCCAUGCCCCGCAUCGGGAUGCAACGCCGCAUCGAUUAUUGUUCACACCACUACUAAGCAGGCACCAUUGACUUGCGCUAGCUUAGCCACUCCGGAGCCCUGAAAUCAACAUAUAACUGAAAAACGGCACAGAAUUUGUUGAACUCAACUCCACCGACUAAUUAAACCUCCGCGAACUCGAACAUUAAGCCUCAUGUCAAAAAUUCUGAACUUCCCUUUUAAGCCAACAGCACAUUUCCACACACUCUCUAUUGCAUCACCAGACACAUAGAUUAAAGACCAAAAAAUAGGUGGUGCAAUGUUUUUUUCCCCACCAUUUAAAGUAAACCACUUCUGUCAACAAAACACACCACAAAGUUGCUAGGAAGCUAAAAGGUUCAGUUAUUUUAACUGUAACUUAACAUAUACACUAUAUAAAUAUGUAUUAUAUUAGUAGGCAAUUUAUCUUAUGAGUCUGGAACCCAUGUCAUAUUUUGUUAAAUGUUUAUUUUUUUAUGUUCACGGUAAAAGAUUUCUGUGGCCCGCCAGGUCCAUUAAAACAAUGAAAGGGAGGAGGGGUUCAAUUUUCAAAUCACAAUUGAGUAUUUUUCUUUCAUCUACAAAAAAAAAAAAAAAAAAAGGUGUUUUGGUUAACGAUUGCACCUUUUACCCACUACCGCGUCAUUAAAAAAAGAAAGCCAUGUGCCUCAGUUGUGCCAUCAGUUAAUUGCUAAAGAUACACAACCACUUGUUAUGUCCACUCUGGUAACUCCUGUUAAUAUAUUACUGUAUAGUCUUGUUAUAUUCCCCAAAGGACCCACAUUGUCGAAUACAACAUCUCACCACAGGAUGGAUCCUGUUAUAGUCAUACUUUGAUUUUUUUUUUUUUUUUUUAAAUCAACUUUUGCACUUUGUACAGCAAAAGAAAUAAGUGACUGAUAUGAUAUGGGCUGUACUGUAUACUAUGUAUACAUAUUUUCAGCUCUGUGCAAAAUUUCAUGUAAAUACGUUCAGUGCAUCUUGCAAAGUGAGCUCUUCUUUUUUUUUUAAAUCACAUUUUUGAGAGGAGUGUGGAUAUAUCACAACAGGCUCAAUAGUCUGACCUACAUAAAACAGAUGAAGGAGCAUCUGAAGGGCAGCCAAUGGACAUAUUUGUUUGUUCCCCCAGUGUCCUCUCACCCUAGUUCACUGUCAGAUCUUGUUCCAGAUUUGGCAUUAAAUUGUACGAGACAACUUAUUAAAAAAAGUAAUAAAAUAAAAUCUUGAAAUGUG